CCUUCUUGUUCUGGUCGUUGUUCCCGUCUGAGUAUCAGCUCCCCAUUGCCCCGAGGGCCAGCGGGCCUGCAGCAGAGGAAAGAAGGAGGAGGAGAAGGAGAUUGUCCCGGAUCCGUGCAGUCUUUCCAUAGGUUGCGGCACCACACCAGGCUAAAGAAGAGGAAGGAAAUUAACCCCGAUCCGUGAAGGUCGAUUUGAGGGUCUGCUGUAGCAGGUGGCACCAGUUUAAACGAGGGAGGAAGUUUCCUCGGAUCAGUAGAGAUUGCAAGGGUUGUUGGGCGUGGCACAUCUCCAGGGGAGGGAAGAAGGGGCAAACUGCCUGUCUGGAGGAGGUCCACCUCCAGAAUCAGUUGCCGUGGCCUUGAAGUGGCUGAAGACGAUAAUCCUCCACAGGCCUGCACCCAGGCCAGGCCCAUAGCCCUCCUCCCCCAGCCUGAGUGACCACUCUGUUCCUUGGUCCCUGAUACCAUCAGGGACGAUUGCAUGGGCUACGCCAGGAAAGUAGGCUGGGUGACUGCGGGACUGGUGAUUGGGGCUGGCGCCUGCUAUUGCAUUUAUAGACUGACCAGAGGAAGAAAACAGAACAAGGAGAAAAUGGCUGAGGGAGGGUCUGGGGAUGUGGAUGAUGUUGGGGAUUGUCCUGGGGCCAGGUACAAUGACUGGUCUGAUGAUGAUGAUGACAACAGUGAGAACAAAGGUAUAGUAUGGUACCCACCUUGGGCCCGGAUUGGGACUGAGGCUGGAACCAGAGCUAGGGCCAGGGCAAGGGCCAGGGCCACCCGGGCUCGUCGAGCUGUCCAGAAAAGGGCUUCCCCCAAUUCAGAUGAUACUAUUUUGUCCCCUCAAGAGCUGCAGAAAGUUCUUUGCUUGGUUGAGAUGUCUGAAAAGCCUUAUAUUCUUGAAGCAGCUUUAAUUGCUCUGGGUAACAAUGCUGCUUAUGCAUUUAACAGAGAUAUUAUUCGUGAUCUGGGUGGUCUCCCAAUUGUUGCAAAGAUUCUCAAUACUCGGGAUCCCAUAGUGAAGGAAAAGGCUUUAAUUGUCCUAAAUAACUUGAGUGUGAAUGCUGAAAAUCAGCGCAGGCUUAAGAUAUACAUGAAUCAAGUCUGUGAUGACACAAUCACUUCUCGAUUGAACUCAUCUGUGCAGCUGGCAGGUCUAAGAUUGCUUACGAACAUGACUGUUACUAAUGAGUAUCAGCACAUGCUUGCUAAUUCCAUUUCAGACUUUUUCCGUUUAUUUUCAGCAGGAAAUGAAGAAACCAAAUUUCAGGUUUUGAAACUCCUUUUGAAUUUGGCUGAAAAUCCAGCCAUGACGAGAGAACUGCUCAGGGCCCAAGUACCAUCCUCGCUGGGUUCCCUCUUUAACAAGAAGGAGAACAAAGAGGUGAUUCUUAAGCUUCUGGUCAUAUUCGAGAACAUAAAUGACAAUUUUAAAUGGGAGGAAAAUGAAUCUACUCAGAAUCAAUUCAGCGAAGGUUCACUUUUUUCCUUUUUAAAAGAAUUUCAGGUGUGUGCUGAUAAGAUUCUGGGGCUAGAAAGUCAUCAUGAUAUUUUGGUAAAAGUGAAAGUUGGAAAAUUCGUGGCCAAACUGGCUGAGAAUAUGUUCCCAAAGAGCCAGGAAUAAGUUCUUGAUUUUGUAGUUUAGAAGCAACACAUGUUGUAAACUAUUCCUUUUCUCCACCUUGUCUAUAUGGUAAAGGAAUCCUUUCAGCUGCCAGUUUUGAGUAAUGAAUAUCAUAUUGUAUCAUCAAUGCUGAUAUUUAUCUGAGUUGGUCUGCAGGCCUAAGCUGGAUGAAUGAAUAUCACUACCUGUUCUGAAAAUGUUUGUUUCUUUUUAUCUCACUGCCUAGAUUGAAAUAUUUUUACUAUUUCUUCUGCAUAAGUGACAGUGAACCAGUUCCUCAUAAAUAAGCUCCCUCCUGUCAUUUGCAUUGACUGCAUUUGUGUAUCAACAAUGAAGUUGUGUGUUAAUGCUGGAAAGAAAAAAAAGAGAGAAACCAUACUUAUCUUUCAGUUUAUAAUCUAGUUGGAGAGAUAAGAAACAUACAAACAAAAAGAAAACAAUAUCUCAAGCAUAUACUCUUUGUUAAAUAUUCGCACUCAGAGCACAGAGAAAGCAAAAGUUUCUGCAGGAUACAGUAGUCACCUACAGAUUUAUGGAGGAAGUGUUCAUUUAAAAUGAAUCCUCAGUGGGGUAGGUAGUUAGGGAGUUCCAUGUGAUGGGAGUGAAGGGGGACUGGUGUGAGAAAGGCAUGGAGGUAGGAACUCUUGCUGUGACAGUGAGGAGACUAGUCUGUUUAGAGUGGAAAGUGUGACUGGAAGUAAAUAAAUUUGGAAAGUUGGCUGAAGCCAGUUUGUGGAGAACUGUUUGAAUAUUACCUCACCGAACGCUGAGAGCCAGUGAAUAAUUUUGACUAGAAAGAAAAAUUGGAAUUCAUAUAGAAGUCCCUCUCUCACCUACUGUGCAGUGUCCAUGAGAGAAUGGCAGAAAUGGAGCCUUUCACACCCUGGUGGUAGGAAUUCGCUUACACUGGCACAAGGUUUGCAGAGGGCCAUUUGGUAAUACAUAUCAUUAGCCUUAAAAUAUGUAAUCCCUUUGUCCUAAGGAAAUAGUUGAAUCAUUGGCCAAAGAUUGUAUGUACAAGGCUGUUUAUCCCAGCACUGUGUGAAAUAGUAAAAAUUGAAAACAACUUAAACAAUUUAGCACACUGGACUGGUUACAUAAAUUAAGGAAUAUUCACAUGGUGUAAGAUAAAUAUGUCAACUGCAGUCCAUAUUGUCAGGGAAUGAUAUUCAUCAUGCACUGUUAAGUGAGAAAGGUAGGUUAGAUAGGAGUCUUCUUAGUAUGAUUCAGUUUUUCUGAGAAUAUAAGAUAUUUAAGUAGACACUAAAACCUCUGAAAUUACAGACAUCCAAAUAGUAACAGUGAUUGUCUUUGGGUGUAAGGAUAGUAUAAUUUUUACCUUUUUACUUUUUAUUCAUCUAUAUGUUCUUAUUAACCUAAAACAAAUACUGAUUUUUCAAAAGUUUUUGAAAAAGGAAAGUGUUGGGAAUGGAGCAGGUGAUUGAUUGGAGCACGAACUGAGUAGAAAAAGUAUUUACAUUAAACAUAAGAUGGGUUGAAGUUUUCUCUCUGAAAUAAUAGAUGAGUGCUAAAGAUGGGGCUCGCUGAAAGAAUUAAAUGAAGUAAUAUAUGUGAAAUACUUAGAAUUUUCUGGCACAUAGCAAUUAAUUAAGAAAAUUGAGCACACUUAGUUCCUUAGAAUUCAGUGUCGAUAGUUGUUCUGGUUGACCUUUGUGUUGCUGGGGGCAUUCUGCCAUGUGUCAGCAUCAUUUAAUAAAUAAUAACAACAAUAAAAGUUAGCAUUUAUUAAGUGACUACUGUGUAGAGUGAUGUCAUUCCUGCAAGGCAACUGUUAACAAUAGUUUCUCAAAGAAAUAGGCUUUUCUUUUUACUACGUACUCAAGAUGUUUUAUCAGACAUGAUCUCACCUGCCCUUACAAUGUAUUGUUGGUCAGUUUGGGGGUGUUA